CAAACCGACUUUACAAGAAUGAAGAAGUUGCCAGAUGCUGCUAGAACUGGCUAUGGCAAAGCAACAAAAUAAUAACAAAUCACUUUACUGCUUGGACACUCGGACAGACAACAGAAAAGAGGCAACAAAAAGAUGUCCAUGAAGAAGAUUGAGAAGUGCGAAGAGUCGUCCGGUGGAGUUACCCCUGUCAAAAGCACCCCUUUGAAGUCUCACUUCUUAACGCCAUGUCGUCGAAUGGGUCUGAAAAGAAGCUCCGGCGUCAGCCCUCUUCUGCUUCAGAAAAUGAGUCCUGCUCCGUCCCCGGCAAGUAACAGGUCACCCUGUGCCAAGCGGCAGCAGUUGGUCACCGUCGCAGGUUCGCCCUGCGCCGAUUCGACUCCAAAGAGAAACGUCGCACCCCGUAGAAGAAGCAAGGGGCUGUGCGUGACAAGGGUGGAGAGGGUAGUGGUGAAUCCUGUGGAAACUCCCAAGAUUGAAGAAAGCAAAUCGGAGGACAAAGCUCUCGAGGACAUCACUCGCUCGAUCUCCAGAAAGAAGGAGCAAAUAGCCCAUUUGCAGAAAGGGGUCCAUCCUCUUCAAUCUGAAAUUGAAAGACUGCAGUCUCUGACCGAGACGUGGAGGGGAGGCUGCCGGAGGGCCCUCGAGGACCUGCUCAAGAUUAUGCACAGGAACUCCGAGGAUGCGGCCAAAAUGUUGACUAUGUCAAUACUCAUUUCCAACCUGGACAUUCCACCAGACCUGCUCAAAUUUGACCCGGACAAAGACGAGUUUUACUGAAUUGCGAAUUAUUCUCAUCUAGAUCGAUCUCGUGAUAAAAAAAAAUGGCUGCAAGCUGCAAUCCGUCAAAACUUAUAUCUGAAUUCCUUAAUUUGUACAGUGAGCAAAAGCUUUAAAUAAAUAUUGAAAAUAU